CCAUGGACAGUGAGGAUGAGACAGUGGAGGAGACUGUAGAGGGCCUGUUGGAUGAUGACGGAUUACCUCACGGGUUUUGCACUGUCAACUACAGCUCAACUGAUCGGUUUGAGGGGCAUUUUGUACAUGGAGAAAAAAAUGGACGUGGAAAGUUCUACUUCUUUGAUGGAAGCACUUUGGAAGGUUUUUAUGUUGAUGAUGCACUUCAAGGCCAAGGGAUUUACACUUAUGAAGAUGGAGGCUCGCUUCAUGGCACUUAUGUGGAAGGGGAACUAAAUGGUCCAGCUCAAGAAUACGACACAGAUGGAAGACUCAUCUUCAAAGGACAAUACAAAGAUAAUGUCCGGCAUGGAGUGUGCUGGAUAUAUUAUCCAGAUGGAGGUAGCCUUGUGGGAGAAGUAAAUGAAGAUGGAGACAUGACAGGAGAUAAGGUAGCUUAUGUCUACCCAGAUGGUAGAAUGGCACUUUAUGGGAAAUUUAUUGAUGCUGAAAUGCUGGAAGGGAAACUGGCAAUUCUUACUUCAGUUGAUGAAGGAAAGCCGCACUUUGAGCUGGUUCCAAACGGACCAGUUUAUAAUUUUGAUAAAUCAACUCCCUCCUGUAUUUCUGUAAAUCCUCUGCUCCCUGACCCAUAUGAAUCAGAAAGAGUGUAUGUGAAUGACUCUUUGAUACAUAAUGCUGGAGAAGGCCUCUUUGCUAAGGUUGCAUCAGCGGCUCAGACUGUAAUGUCAUUUUAUAAUGGUGUACGAAUUACACAUCAAGAGGUGGAUAGCAGAGAAUGGGCCCUAAAUGGCAACACAAUCUCUUUAGAUGAUGAAACCGUCCUUGAUGUGCCAGCACCAUACAACUCAUAUUACAAAUAUUGUGCAUCUCUGGGACACAAGGCAAACCAUUCCUUCUCACCCAACUGUAUGUAUGACACUUUUGUCCACCCUCGCUUUGGGCCCAUCAAGUGCAUCCGAACUAUGAAAGCUGUGGAAAAGGAUGAAGAACUCACUGUGGCCUAUGGAUAUGACCAUAGCGUUACAGGGAAAAAUGGCCCAGAGGCACCUGAGUGGUACCAGCAGCAGCUGACAGCAUUUCAAGCUACUCAGCAAAAGUGAACAGUAGUUUGUUUCGGUACAUUGAGUAAUAGGAUCUAUGCAUUACAUUUCUACAGAAGACUGAUCAUCCCAAGAUUAUUUUCACAGACCUGUCUCAAGACAGAGAUUUUCUAGAGUAUUAAAAUGAACUGUUCUUGUAGUCAAAAUAUAUCGUAGUUUUGUGACAGUGUUUAACCUUAAAAGGAAAAAAAUGCUAUUUAGCAGGUAAUUGUGUUAUUUUUUUUCUAAUCCUUUUUUCCAGUGUCAAACAUAUACAAGGAAAUAAUAAGUCAUUCUAGACCGUUUUUUCUUUGCUAUGUAUACAUUUUAGGGCUCAAUAUAUUGUCCUUUUUCGUGUAUACAUGCCUAUUGUGAUGGUUACAAGGUAACUGUAUUUUGAUAUUCUAGAUUACGCUAGUAGAACUUUUGCUGUUUAGGCUUUCUGGUUGAAAUAACUGAUUUGAUCGCUUUUGUUUUAUUAAUUACCGGUAUGCUGUGGAAUUCUUUACUCAUGAUUGCUGGAAUAUUUAUUUUAUUUUAUUUUGGUGUGUCCAUAAAAUAGUGUUGAGAGUUAACUAUAUUCUUUCAUUCCUGUGACGAAAAAUAUGAUCUGAUCCAUAUCUGAAUUAUUACUCUCGAAGGCCCAAACAGCUCUGCAAGAAGCUCAGAAUAAAGCAAUGAUUUAAAGUAGUCCCUCCAGCAUUUGCAGGUUGCCAGUCUGGUUGUGGUUUCUAAAAUGCAAUUUUUAGGUUAAAAAAACCAGCAAACUACAAUAUUUGUUAGUGUGUCUGCUUAACCCCCAUAACUAUAUUCCUUUUACACAACAGUAUCUGAUGUGUGUUUGUUGUUUUUAGGCAGUCUGAAUCCUUGACAACCAAUCUUGAAAAAGGAAAUCAUUUAAAAAAAAUUUAAUUAUUUAAUUAAAAUGGAGUCUAUGGGAGAUGGGCUUUCCUGUAAUUUGGAGCUUUCUGGAUAACGGAUCCCAUAACUGUAUUGAGAGAACUGACUUCAAAAUAAUAUAUUCUUUAUUUUAAACAAA